CCGCCCUCAGUCCACCGCCGUCAGUGUCAGCGUCGUUUGUCGCCGUGUGAUCCGUCGUCGCCACCUCCGAUAGUCAUCAUAACUCAUAACAAUAGCGCGAAGCCCUCUCCCCACCGUCCCGUGUUCCGGUUUAGUUUUUCAAAUCUGAAUUUAAUAUAAUAUAAAAAAAAAAAAAAACAGUUUCCCGCGGCUCUCUGGUCGCGCGAUAUAUUUGGCGGGACAGCUGAUCUUUUUUUUCCUCGUUCCCGUCACGCCGUUUACAGGAUUUUUUUUCGUAUGUGCGCGAUUUCAGCCGUUUUCCAACGCGGUUACCCGCAGCGGAGACACCUGCAGCAGUCGUCGUAGUUAGCGUACCAUAGCCUCGCCGCGCAUUUCACAUCUCGGCAAAAUGGCCAAGGCUCCAGGAGAAAGCAAGAUACCUGUGCUGCAUUCUAACCAACUAAGAUCUCGAUUUUCUAAUAUUUCUAGUAAAGUCCGUUCGCAUCUUGAUGGUUCCUAUCGCACAUCAUCUCCAUCUAUGCUGUUCGGACUUUUUAGCAAUACUGAAAAUAAAGUACAUCCACCCACUCGUCCAUCUUCACUUUUUAAAUCAACUAGUCGUACUACAGUGACUGAAAAAGAUGUUGGAAGUUAUGUUGAACUGACUCGGCAUUCAAGAACCGGCAUUCUUAGGUAUUUUGGUAAAACUGUACUGGGUCCUGGUGACUGGUGUGGAGUAGAAGUUGAAAGUGGACAUGGAGUUUGUGAUGGAUCUAUAUGUGGAGUAAGAUAUUUUUCUUGUCGUGAUCAAUGUGCAUUGUUUGUCUUGGCACAUUUGGUGCGCAUAUCCGAGUGCCAAAAUAUUGUUGAAGACAAAACAGAAGCUGAACUCAUGUUUGAUGAUGGCUGUACAUCCACUUUGGCAAAUUGGGAUUUAGAUAUUCUUAAAACAGAAUUUCCAUUUGAAUGCACUGACAGUCUUGGUAUAUUGUCACCAGACCAAAUGGUUGAAUUUAGAGGCGAUGAGGCAAAUUAUGACGUUCCAGGUCUUCUUUUUAAAAUGUCACCUCAUCAAUUAACAGAAUGUAUUUCUGAUGGGGAUGUUACAAUGAAUGAUUUGGAAACAAUUUCUAUGCCUAAAGAUGACGAUUUAGUUUCUCCAGUUCUAUCUUCAGAACCCUCUAAUCAUACAGUGUCUGAACAUGAUAGUGCAAGUGCCUAUCCAAAACGCUCAACUGUUUCUUUUGGACAUGUUUUUUACGAUAAUUUUACAAUUGAACGAACUCCAUCAUUAGAAGAUUUGCCAAUGGAUGAUUUUUCAUCAAAAACAACAACUGCAGUUGUACCAGUCCCUAAUAUUCCUACAAUGAACACAGUUGUUACAAGUAUAACCAGCGUUAGUAGUCUUGAUACUGGUUAUCAAGGCGAUUGUGAAACUAGUCGUCCUACCAGUCGUGGUGCUACGGUUAAGCGACUUGGACCAACCGAACCAAUGACGGAUUCAGAUUUUUUUACCGAGAGUGAAGCAGAAGAUCAUUGUCAUCGUAAAGCUAUAGUUAUUGAUGGUACAUUAUACUCGGGGGAUAAUAUUAAACCUGAAAUUCAACCAGAUGAUCACAACAACCCUGGUCCCACUAUUGAGGAAAUGGAUUCAAGCGGUGUUUAUUCUGAUUUUGAUAGAAUAUUUGAAGAGCCACCUGCGCUCAAAGACAGUUCAGAACCAGUAUCUUCAAAUAACUCAACUUCUCCCUCAUCUGUUAACAGCCAACGAAUUCAAUCAGUUGCAAUAGAUCAACCAUCUACUUCAACGAUACCCGAAUGUACAGAAGAUGCAUCGAGUCCUGCUAGUAAACGUUACAAACGACCUACACCCGUGAAACCAAAAACCUUGGAAGUACGACAAGAUCAAGAAAACAGAGCACCAAGAAAUAGAAAACCAGCAGGUCGUUGGGAUGCUGUAAUGAAUAAGAUAGAAAAAAGUAAAACUGAUCAGAAGAGCCGUGUCAAUCGGUUGAAGGAUGUCAAAAGCAAGAUUAAUUCUAUUAACCCAUUGACAGUACCAUAUACUAACAGGUUGAAAGAUUCUCCCACUAAUAGUGAACCAUUGCCUGUCAGAUCUCAUAGAGAAAAUACACCGUUGAAAGCUAAAAGCCGUAGAACUAGAGCUCGCGGUGGAUCAGAAUCCAAUUUACCAAUGUCAGACCAAACUCCUAAUUCUUCUAGGCAGAGAUGUAUUCCUAAGAGUUCUCAAAACAGUUCUAGAGAUAGUUCUUUUAGUGAUCUUAGUGGAGAAACCAAAAUUACAUUGAAACAAGCUGCAUCACAUCCUUCUCUAGCCAAUAAGCAUUUUAACCUGCGCUCGCCGUCCGUAAAUGUCGUGGUACCAUCUGUACGAAAACAUUUGACUACGCCCUCAAAAGGAACUCCCCAAAACCGAAGAUUAAACUCAGAUCACAGCCUAACGAUAACCAAACCCGAUGGCAAAACCACACCAUCACAAGUCGGUAAAGUCGCAGCCCCUGCGGCGGUGGCGGCGGCAAAAGUCAAAGAAGCUAAAAGAGAUGCUGUGGACCGAGAAACACUGCAAAUCGUUGAGUCACAGCUGGACCACGUCACCAAGGGUUUCGACGCGGUAUCCGUACUCUUCCAGUACCUCGUCAACGACAUGGACGCUCUGUCCACCACAAGGCUGAAACAACAAUUGGAUGCAAAUCACAACGAUUUAGUAUCAACUAAAUGUUCAUUGGACGAAUCUCGGGCGAAAUGUAUACAAUAUCAAGAAGAAAUUAAUAAACUCCAGAUUGAAAUCGAUGACUAUAAGAACAAUUUGGAAGUUAAAGAAAAACUCGUUAAUGAAAUUACUUCUCUAAAAGAAACAGAAAUCUAUGGACUAGAAAAGAAGCUCGAAGUGCAAGCUAAUAACCUGAGGUUGCAAUUCAACGAAGAACUCAACAGACUCAAAAAUGAAUCGGACGAGGAUAAAAUGAAACUGAUAAUUUCGCAUGACCAGCAAAUCGUCGAGUUGCAGCAGACCAACAAACUCGAAGUGUCCCAGAUGCAAAGGUCGGCUACGGAAAAACAGAUCGAGCUCACCCAGAGGGUGUUGGUAUUGGAAAAUGAACGUGAUUUGUUGAAGUCCGAGAGGGACGCACUAAAAGAAGAGAACCAGCGGUUGAUCGAGGACAAAAAGCUACAGAAUACAAGUCUGGGUUACCAAAAGCUAUUGGACGAAGUAGAAUCGUUGAGGACCGUACUAGAAUUGAAGAGUUCUGAAAUGCAAGAUCUCCGUAAGCAAAACGAAAAAUUACAGAGGGAAGGCGACGAUUUACCAGCAAUUUUGCAAAAACUAGAAGCAGCCCAGUCUCGAGUUGAAGAUUUAAACGUACAGCUACAGAGAAAGUCAGAAAUUGAAAUGCAACUCAGUCAAGAAAAAGAUCAAAUGGCUCGGGAAAUUGACUUGGAAAAACAAAAGAAGAAACGGCUUUCGUGCCACAACGAAGAACUGCAGUGGAAACUGAAAAAGAGCACCGAAGUGGCUAAUCAUUUAGCUGUUUCAACAAAGAGAUUGAGCCAAACACCGCAAGACCUUGCAGCUAUGAGAGAGGCACAAAACAACUAUCAGAAACUAUGUAGCAGGGAGAGCUCGAAUUCGGAAAACAGCGGUGACGAAGACACGAUGACCAGCCAACUGGUGGAGGUAGACUCGGAGGCACCGGCCCGGAUACUGGGAGUGAUGAAGAAGAACGAUUCGUUGUCGUACGUGUUCGAGGUGGAAGAGGAACCGUCGGAGAUCGCCACUCGUCUGGUGCGCCGGGCCAGCAGCCUGCGGUCGGUGGGCAAGUCGCGGACGCGUGCACGCGGACAGGCUGGCGGCGAGAAGCGGUCGCGGGCCAGCUCGCAGUCGGGUGGCACCUCGUCCGACAAGUCAGUGGAACUGGACUCGGCGCUCACCCGGAACCUGGACGAACUGUUCGCGCCCGGCCCGAACGACCGGUACCUGAGCGACUGUUUCACGUGCAGCUCGGACUCCUCCAACUCGUCGCCAGAGCACCACCUCCACAACGUGGUGCAGACCUACGAACAGAACCAUGGCCCAUCCUAUGUACAGGUGGUCGCCGAGCAGACCGGCGGCGGUGAUAAGGCCCAGGGAGAUGGUCUGACCAUCGUCUGAGAGGAUAUUUUAGUCGUCUUCGAACGGAUGGGUGACGGGAGGGAUGGAAGGAAAGUCCUAAGGGAUAGAUCCUCAUAAUAUCAUGUUCGCGCACAAUACGCAUUCACUGUUAGACUAAUUUUUCUCUCGUUAGAUUGUGCCAAAAACCUUAAGAAAUUUUGUCCACAAUCCACAACCAUGUUUAUAUUAUAAUUUUAUAUUGUGUGUUUAAUGUAAAAAUCAAAAUACCUUUUACUUUUUACCGCUAACGUCGUGUCGUUUUGAAUUUUUAUUACGAUUUUAUUUUGUUUUAUAAAAGCGCCUGAGUGUGUGUAUUUUUUUCUCUAGUAACUCUUAAGACUGAAUUCUUUAAAAAAAAAAAAAAAUUGACCGAGUCUUGGGGAGAAUUUUUUUUUUUUGAAAAUGUGUCAAGAGAACAUAAUAAUUAUUAAUUUUUAAUUGUAUCGCUUACACAGUGUAACUAUGUUUUUAUUUUAAGAUUUAAAUGUUUAUAAUGUAGUCUAACGAAAGCGUUUUAUUUAUUUUUUAGUAUUAGUUUCCGCGAAAUAGAGGUAUGCCACCUACAUUUUAUUUAAAUUCCCUGUGACCAUUUUACCAUAUUACUUAAAUCUUGUGACUUACGCGCCUUAUUGCGCUGCGUCAUUGUUAGUCUUUACUGUUGUAAUUUAUUUAUAUUUUUUAAAACAAUACUGCACAACGAAUCGUGUAAGUUAACGGUUUGCCUAGCGUUUCAUUUGUAUUGUAUAACUUUGACUUGUCUGACCUAAAUAUAACUUAUCUGAUGGUUUAUGUGUCAAACAUAAUACAUUAGGCAUGUAAAAUGUAUAUUAUUUUAUUUUUCAUUCUUUUUUUUCCCUGACGUUCGAAAACAUUUUUUCGAAAAACAUGUAUGCAUUUAUCUACACCGUCUUUGAAUUAAAUUUUGUUUUCUCAAAAAAUCUUGUACUAUCCUUUUCCUAUUUUCUGUACUAUCUAACUCUUUUACCUUUUCUCUUGUACUUUAAAUGUUAUUUUUAUACUUUCAAUUUAAAUGUUCAUUUACAAACAUUGUAGAUACCUGUACAAUUUGUCCAAAGAGCUUUGACAGAUUUUGUUUUUCAAAAUUGUCAUUUUGGAGUGUAUGAUUUUUUUUUUUUUUUAUUAGUUAUUAGUUUAUUUUGUGAUAUGUGUAUGAAUGUAUUUUAUAUAUAAUAUUUAUAUAUAUGGACAUUGUUUAUAUAUAUAUAUAUAUAUGUAUAAUAUUAUAUAUUGUGUAAUGUAUAUAAAAUGUUCUGUUUGAUUAUUAUUAUUAUUAUUAUUAUUUUGUUUGUUUGUUUGAUUGUUUGAUUGAUUUCUAAAGAUUUUGUUACAAAAUGUUUAUUCCGAUAAACCGGGUAUGUAUUUUAAAUUUAUCCUAUUGAAUGUUUAUUAAUAUAUUAUUAUACAAAAUGACGAAUCUAUCGUAAGCUGACUACAUAUUUUUUUUAUUUUUAUUCUGUAAAGUAGGUAGUUUGUACACAUCAGUAGGUUUAGCCAUGUGUCCUUCAUAUACACUAGGUAUGUUUACAUAUAAACGUUCCAUUGUAUGUAUUGUGAGUGGUAAUAUUUGUGGCCACUCACUAUUUGAAUGGUUUCAAGUACCAUAAUGAUGUAAACACAUUGAGUAAUGUAUGUCCAGUAAAGAUAAAAAAAAAAAAAACAUAUUGUAAUAAUAUUAUUUGGUUUAGUGGAAAACAUUAUAAAUCUUUUGUUUUGUUGCUGUAUUAAAGCUUUUUUGAAUUUGUACAACAAACCAAUAAUAUCAAAUGAGUAAAUUAGUAUUUAAAUUUAAAUGUGUUAAUCAUUAGGUUUUGUGUAUAAUAAAGACAUGUUGGAUCUCGAA